ACGUCAUAACCCUGCGACCGAGCUGGAAGGUUAACCGGCUUCAUGUAGCUGCUGUUGGAUCCACGUGGGAUUAAAACGAAGCGCUAGAGACGCGGAUAAGAUCAUCGAUCAGAUUAAAACGACAGCAGUAAUAACUCUUGAGACACUGUAAAGAUGCAGCGCCUGUUCUGUUCCCGGUGCUUUAUUUCUGCAGUGUCGCUGGCAGUCGGUGCCGGUGUCGGUGUCGCUCUGAGCAGCGGCUCGAGCCGCUUUGUUCCUGAACAUCAGCUCUUCCAGAGAAUCCCCAUCAUCCCGAUGCCAAGUGUGAACGCAGCGUCUGAAAUAACCCCGUAUCAGCAUGGUCAGUUAUCCCCGAGCAGACCCACCAAGUACGGCUUCCCGUCUCUGUCUCACAUCCAGUCUCGGGAGUCUUAUGUCACCUGUUACGAUCCGCGGAACAGGACUCCAGCCUGGGUGAUCGAGCAGCUCAGUGCGGAAACUCUGACCGGAAACUCCGACCGGAAGCUGUGCGACUUUAAGGAGGAUGAUUCAGUGCACGUGUACCACCGAGCAACAAACAGUGACUACAGGGGGAGUGGCUUUGACAGGGGACACCUGGCCGCAGCAGCCAAUCAUAAAUGGAGCCAGAAAGCCAUGAAUGACACUUUCUACCUCAGCAACGUGGCACCGCAGAAUCCUCACCUUAACCAGAAUGCAUGGAACAAUUUGGAGAAGUACUGCCGCUCUCUCAUCAAACACUACGAGAACGUGUACGUGUGCUCGGGGCCGCUUUAUCUGCCCAGGCAGGAGUCUGAUGGGAAGAUGUACGUGAAGUAUCAGGUGAUCGGGAAGAACCAUGUGGCGGUUCCUACACACUUCUUUAAGGUUGUGAUUCUGGAGAAGAAGCGUGGCGAGGUGGAGCUGCGACCCUACGUGAUGCCCAACAUACCUGUCGAUGAGAAGAUCCCACUCGAGCGCUUCUUGGUGCCCAUCGAGAGCAUCGAGAGAGCAUCGGGGUUGCUGUUCGUUCCCAACAUCCUUAAGAGGACCAACAGCUUGCAGGCCAUUACUGCCAGGGUGUGAGCCUUUCUCCACACACACACACACACACACACCCACACACACACGCGCACACACACGCACACACACACACACACACACAGCUCAAUGUAUGAUUUACUUUCAUUCAAGCUUUCCUUUGUGAAUCACUGACAGCUUCUGAAAAGAGCUCAAGCACAAAUCCACGUGAUGUUUCAGCUACUGAAAGAGAUUUUAAAUGUCGCAUCAAAGAUUAAUAUAUUGCAUUAUUUUAUUCGAAAAUUGUCAAUUGUAUUGAAUGUUCUAAUAAAAAUGUUGCAGCAA